GGCACUUUAGUUAUACGCCACAUUUCAAAUUACAAUGACGUCCGUUUUGGUACAAAAGCUUUGGGGCACACUUUUGUGGACCGGGUCAAUUAAUCGCAUUCGGCAGCACGUGAACCACUUUUCCCACAAUAUAGCUAGUGAGGAGCAUCGCAUCUACGAUGAACCAUACGUAAUCUUUCAGAACUGGCUGGUGGCUGCCCAAAAACAGGCGCCUCAGGUGCGUCCGAGACUCGCCUGCAUGGCCACUGUGGACAAAGCCGGCGAACCUGUGACCCGGCUGACCAGCAUCGAGGAGGUCAGCGCGAGAGGGAUCACGUUCUUCACAACGCUGGGCAGUCGGCAGGCGGGCGAGAUUAGUGCCAAUCCGCACGUGUCGCUGCACUUCAAUUGGGCGCCACUCAUGCGAAGUGUCCGGAUAGCUGGAUCCGCCCAUCAGUUGACGGAGGAGCAGGCGCUGGACCAGUUCCGCAGAUAUCCCCGCCACGUCCAGAUGUACAUCACCCACGGACCACGAUACGCGGCGGCCGACUGGCAAUCUCGCUCAGGGGUCUUUGCGCGAAUCCUACAGCGCCUGAAUGUCUGGCUUGGCAAGACGCCGGAGGAGAUUCCAAUGCCGUCCAACUGGGGAGGCUACAUCCUGACGCCCAGCAUUUUCGAGUUCGGGAUGCUUAGCGGGCAGAAGGCCGGCAGGACACGGGUGACUUUCCGCCGCUGCCUUGAAAUGCCCAGGGGGUCAAGAGCUGGUUCCGUUCAAGCUGAGAGGCAGGAUUGGAUCUAUGAUUCGUGUGAGGAAAAUUAAUAAGAAAUUUCCUCAAGAUCUUAUUCGGCUUUAAUUCUCUCUUGUCAUCAUAACCUUAAAAUCCGAUUAUUUUUUUCCCGGCCAUCCUUCUAAGCGUGAGCUAAAUUUUAAGUCAACUAAAUUACAUUUUUAUAUAAAUAUUGUUAAAAAAAACUUAACUUCUGUAAAUCUGCGAAAAAUAA